AUGGAUUCGGGCAACAUGGGUGACUAUCAAGAGAUGAUUGAUCGAGCUUACAACCUCAUGGAAGAAAUCGAAGAUAAAAGCGCAUUUCUUGCUGCGUGCAAUACAACACGAGCUAUGCAAAGCACGCUUUCAACCAUGUCGGACAAAAGUUCGGAUGAAUACCAAAGACUACGGCAGAAGCAAGUGGAAGCACAGACGUACAUUUGGGACGCUGUUUCGAAGGGAAUGAAGAACAUUAUUCUUGGAAAUCCCAAACCGUCUGCGAAGUGA